AUGACGAUUUUAGCAAAAAUUCUCACUGUAGUUCUCCUCCACUUCUUCCUCUUCAUUGCACCAUCUACAGCCGAAAUCAUAUCUCUGAAUCUUCGAUCCAAUAACCGACAUAAGAUCCUCAUCUCGGAGUUCAAGUUCUCAAAUGACGGUUACAUUUCCUUCGUGAUCUCCUCCGUGACUGCAACCUCCACCUCAUCACGACCUGAUCCUUCACGUUUUGGUUUCAUCCUUCAAUCUCCUAAAGUGAGAAACCGCUUCGAAUUCCAACAAAACACUAUUUGCCCAUUGGAUUUCAAACUAAACACACUCCUCUUUACUUUCCAAGAUCUUUCCCAUGAUCCUCAGACUUCCUUCAACAAAACGUACACUAUUACAAAUCCUGGUAUGAACUCACUCUUCUUUGUCAACUGCAACUAUGAAUCCGUCGUAACCAUGGAUGGUCGCGUAGCGCUCUACAACACCAAUGACGGGACUACCAAAAACUAUUUAUCCGGAGAGCUAAGGCAGCUUCCGUUUCUUUACAUCUUUUCCGCCUUCAUUUAUGUGUGUUUUCUAGGGUUUUGGAUUUUAGUAUGCUUCAAGAACCGGAGAUCUUUUCACAGGGUGCAUUUACUAAUGGGUGUGUUGCUUGUUAUGAAUUUGGUUGUUUUAAUCUCUGCGGCAACGGAUCUAUAUUAUGUGAAGUUUACAGGUACUCCUCAUGGAUCGGAUGUCUUAUAUCACAUGUGUAAGUUUGUCAGGACUGUGCUUUUGUUCACCUUAAUUGUGCUGAUUGGUAAUGGAUACUGUUUCUGGAAGCCAUUUUUGGAAGUAAAGGAAAAGUUGGUUUUGAUGAUUGUGAUCCUACUUCAGGUUUGGGUUAAUGUGUAUGCUAUAUUUGAAUGGAAAGCCGGACCUUAUAAUAAUGAAGAGGACGUCGUUGAUUCUCUAAGUAUAGAUUUCAUCUGUUGCUUUGUUAUUUUCGUCCCAAUAUGGUUUUCGGUUAUCUGGUUUAAUAAGGAUAAUCAUGAGACUGAUGGCAAUGAUGUUAUGAAUAGGGUAAGGCUGUUUCUAUUUGGGUUUGCGGUUUUUGCAUACGUGUUCUUUACGAGGUUUUUGAUGGUUGCAUUUUUGAUACCAUCGAAUCACGGGGUACAGGAAAUAAGCCUUCUUGUGUUAUGUAUGGUGGUGUUUUACAUUUUCCGGCCAUCUGAUGAGGAUUGUGAUGGCAAAACAGUCGAGAUAGCUGCAUGGAAAUCGGACAUACCUUCUCUUUGUUAUGCCGUUGUUGCUUCUGUUUAG